CUGGAGACUUCGGGAUCGUUGUCUCUUUACUGAUAUUCCCCCCCAUUGUGUGAUCUGAACACUCAUCCAAGCACAGUCAGCACUUACCUGCUUUGGAGCGGCACCAUCGGCAGUAUCUGCUUUGUUCCGGUUAAGAGCAACGACAACUGGAUGGACCAGUGUUAUUUCAGGCUUAUAUAUCACUGAAGAUAACCUGUUGUUUUUUUCCGAUUGGAUACAAUGGAGUAACCGUGCACUAGAAUUUCCGUGCCGUAGGAUUUGCGAUGUGUCACUGCUGGGCGUGACUCUGACUAUGAAGAACUAGAGGAAUAAAAUAAGUGAUAUAAAGGCGUGUACGACGUACAAGCAUUUUAAAGAGGGGUUACAUGUAACCAUUUUGGUGGUAUUCAGCACAGGAAUAUGAGUAGGAUGUCGUCGUCGCAUCGGCCUGCGCGGUCGGACAGUACUAAAGCUCGUGUUUGGAGAUCCAUCUUCGAUAGUCAGUUACCAGAAAAGGAACAAUGCUUCCUGAGGGCUGCAGCUUCAGGGAACCUCGACCUAACGAAACAUUACGUAGAGGAAGAACACAUUAAUGUCAACUGUCAGGACUACUUGGGACGGGGUGCCUUGGAAUUGGCAGUAGUUGGGGAGCACGUCGGUGUUGUCGAAUACCUUUCCCCGAGAUGCAACAUGAUGAUGACCGAGGACUCUCUCCUGAGUGCAAUAAGCCAGGACAAUGUGAAACUAUGCGAGAUGAUUCUGAACCACCCUGUGUAUAAAACAAAUCGUUUUCUCUUGGUCAGUAUGGAGCGGUUUUACCAUGAUCAUGGUAUCGGUGAGCAGGCCCGCUAUGCCCCCGAGACCACCCCACUGCUUUUGGCCUGCCACAGGAACAACUAUCACAUAAUACAACUCCUACUCCUCCGCGGCGCGGACAUCGAGGAACCCCACGAUUACUUCUGCGUCUGCGCACUGUGUUCGGGCCAACGAACUCACGAUGUUGUCCGGUACUCCCGGGCCCGACUGAGCACGUACAAGGCGUUGGCAAGCCCUGCCUACAUUUCCCUGUCAACCGAAGAUCCCUUUACCACAGCUUUCGAACUCAGCCACACCCUCGACCAACUCUCCAGGAUAGAAAAAGAGUAUAAGACACAAUACCAAGAACUAGGUACACAAUGUCGAAAAUAUUCCGUAGAAAUGCUGGAUUUAUGCAGAGGAACAGACGAGGUUAUGGCAGUCUUGAACGGGGAUGACAGCCAUGGCUCAGGCCCAACAUUACUUGCCGCCUCAAACCCGAGCACCCCAACUGAACCUACCACGGAAACCUCCGAGGGCCCGCGGAAAAUGCUGAAGGGUCGGCCAUCUUUAACACGCGUCAAACAAGCACUUUCCUACGACCAAAAGAGGUUCCUUGCCCAUCCAACAUGUCAAAGAGAGCUCGUGAUGCUGUGGUAUUCCGGCGUCCCGUGGAUCCGACACCAGCACCUGUUCGUAAAAUUCCUCUGUGUGCCUUUGACCGUGAUCCUUCUACCCUUUCUUUCAUUUGCUUAUAUUCUGGCGCCAUACACGAAGCUUGCUGCCACCAUUCGAAGUCCCUUUGUGAAGUUUUUGAUGCACACUUGUUCAUAUUUGAUAUUUCUGACGCUGGUUGUCUUGGUAACCAUGAGAAACCACAGUACUAUCUAUCAACUUGUCUGCUACAGCAAAUCUGGCAUGUCAUUUGACCUGAUCGUCUUAGUGCUACUCUUUAUUUGGGUGCUAGGUAUGUUUUGGAACGAGGUUCGGCAGUUGUGGCGCGGGGGAUUUCGUGAAUACGUCACUGACAGGUGGAACUUCAUGGACUCCGCCCUGAUCGCUCUCUACAUGGCUGGUCUGAUACUACAGCUUGUGCUGUUCGUUGACUUCAACGCCCAGAAAAAUUAUCCUCCUUCGAGCAAAUGGCAUCUUAACUGUUCCGCUGUGCGCACGGAAACUUGCCGCGAGCUGCAGUGCAUGGCUGGGCUGAAGAUGAAGUGGAAGUCGUGCUCUGGGACAGAGGCUGACUGCAUCCAAGACCAGACCCUACUUUUGAACCACAUGAACCAGAAUAUACGACAUGACAUCGCACAGCAAGUGUCCGACAUCCUCCUCUCAUUCGCUGCUAUAUUUAGCUUCGUGCGCAUUGCGCAUCUUCUGCCAGCCAAUGAGCAGCUAGGACCGCUGCUCGUGUCGUUCGGCAGGAUGUUGAGCGAUGUCCUCAGGUUCUUCGCCAUCUUCGUUUUGGUGUUUAUAUCCUUCGUCUGUGGCAUGACCAACCUGUACAGGACACACAGAUGUGAAAACAAGUACUUCGAUCAGUUUACUACCACCGCGUCCAAUCUCUUCUGGGCGACAUUCGGAAUGGGGAGCAGCGAAGCGUUCAUCAUUGACAAGAGCCUAGUAGCCUACCGACCAGACCUCAUUGUUUCCCACCAAACUCACAUCGUUGCCACGGAGACAGUAGGACAGAUACUCUACUCAUUCUAUAUUGUCUCCGCGUUGAUUGUACUCAUCAACAUGCUCAUUGCAAUGAUGAGUAACUCAUUCCAGGAGAUUAUGAAUGACCGUGACGUGGAAUGGAAGUUUGCUCGGGCUCGCUUGUGGAUGGACUUCUUCGAGACUGGCUGCACAAUCCCACCACCGUUCAACCUGAUCCCAAGCCCGAAGCAUUUGAUCGAUAUUGUCAGAUAUUUCAUUAACAAGAAGAAGAAGAAAAGAAUGGGGACACAUAGUCAGGAUUAUGACAUAAAUGAGCAGCAGACACCAACCCGGCGCAUAAGCCAAGGCAACCAAAAGCACUUCAGCCUUGGCUCACCUGCCUCAUCGAGCCCACGACCCUCGAAGCAUUUCUCCCUGAGGAACUUCGGGAUGCAUCGGUCGAAGACCUACUACAACGUUGUGAUGACGAGACUGAGGAAGCGGUACAUCUACAAGGUUCACAUGAAGGAGCUGCAGCUUAGUCAGCCGCAGGAGGAGCUGAACGAAAUAAAGGAGUCACUUUCCGAUAUGAACAAGAAAAUCAAGCAUAUCAGUGCGCAGUGUCGAAAUCCUCGUACGCGUAAAAAGGACAAUUGGCCUUUGGCAUCAUCAGUAUUAACAAUUGACAAAGUUUAUUUGAACAGUAUGCACUUCAUUGAUGAGAAUGGUGAGGAGACGAGCGGGGUGGAAGAGCGGCAGAGGAUGCCGGCGGCACCUUGACAGGGAUGUUAAAUACCAGGGUGCAUACAGUGUAGCCAAAAACCUCGGAAGACCAUACCUCCAUCCCUCGAGAUGAAAGCACCAAGUAGACACAGAACUUUGCCAGAAGAAAAUAGAUCUCGAUUCGGUUAAGUACUUUUAGCGUUGGAGCUGUUUUUGUGAAGCAAAAUCGGAAGAAAUUUUACAGGUGUUCAAAUUCAGGUCUUCUGUCAGCUCAAUUUACGUCGCCCCGACUUUUGCUUGACAAAAUUGCCUCCUGAGCUAAAUCCACCAUCUCGAGGAAACCAGAGGUUGAUAUUUUACUUCUACGGCCCUGUCUGCAGGAACGGAAGAACAUUAACCUUGUUUUCAUCGGGAUGUAAACUAAUGGACUGAAUCGAGAUAUUUUGGUCUUCUUCUUCUUCUUGGAAGAUUCUCCCUCAUCUACUAGUACAAGCACUUUGAGUCUGAGGGUAGAGGAAAUGUGCUUAUAAGCGGGGUUUUUUUGUGGUCACUCUGUACGGAAAACUUUUUUCAUUGUGCCUAUACCGACAAUGGACGUGCACGUAUAGUUUAUUUGGAGACGGGAUGUUAAAAAUCACCGGUAUCAUCUCCUCAGGGCUGGAUGACUGUUGACCAAGAUGUUCUGAUUGAUCUAUUGCGUAUUCAAAAUCUAUCUUUAAACUGAAGCGUAAAAUGAAGUAAAUCCUCCAUGUUAUCGUCACUGCUCACAUGAAACAAUAGGUUGAAAAUGCGGUCCAUUUCAUCGAAUAGAACUUGUUUGCCUCGUUUGUACGUAAGACGCAGUGGAUUUGGCCGAGUCUCUCCCCGCGAGUCGCCCUGGCUAAUGAGUGAUGUUCUGAAGAUUAGAAACCGACGACUUGAAGUACAAGUGGCGAUGCAUUGGCGACACGCUGCCUGGAAGAUCACCAGUCUGUGGAAACUCUCAGGAAUAACAGAACCAUAAUGUAAUACAAAUAAUGACGUAGUAUGUCCAUGGAAGCGUCGUGCUAUCGGAGUGACAUAAAGUCAUUUGUAAAAGCUUUCCUUUGCCAGUUCGUGUGCGUCAUGAAAUAACGAAUAAUGUGUUUUUCUACUAUCUAAGCUGACACUAAAGCAAGGAAGUUGUUGAACAAGGGCCUCUUUCCUCAGAAUUUGAAACAAAAAACGAACACCGCAAAAAUGUCCUGUAAAAUAGAAGCCCUCCUCCCCUGAGGUUUCCCCCUAUUGUCACAGUUCGGUCACCAUGGUCACAUCCCUUAUAAACAUGAAUUAAAUAAAGGUAUGUAAACAAAUCGACCCAUAAAUACUUUUGCUUUCGAUUGACAGCAUGACCAAUUCAAUAGGUGACGUAACAAGUCCCGGCAGGGACCAAAACCGAUUAUAUCAGAUUUACGUUCAGCUUGAUC